UUAAACUUUUGUGAAUUGUAACGAUAAGGCUCAAAAGGACUCGUAUCCAGAGCCGUAAAAACAUUUACAAAAAAAAAAACGUGUGUGAAACGGAAUGGCGUUAAUGACAGUUACUUUGUGAGACGUUUAAGAAUUUAAAUCUUGACAUUCGUGUUUCGAUUCGGACGUAAAUUAAAUAUUCGUAAAUAUUUUGAAACUUUGCCGUUAAUGAUAAAUAAACACGCAUUGUGUGCGUUUGUGUUUUAUAACGUAAUUUCAUGAAAAUGGUCAUGGAUUUCUAAAAGUGAAUAUCUUCUUUAUAUAAACAAUGUCGGAUAAAAUUAAUAACGAAACUAAAGAAGUGCUUUCACAAGAAAUAAAACGUAUCCAAGAACGAUGUCUUGAUACUUGUAAUAUAAUAGAAAAUGCUCCGUUUGACGCGUCCAUUACACCACAUAACAUUGGUGAGAAGGCUCUCUGCUAUGUGGAAGGACUAAGAACUGAACUUCAAAAUUCCAACGCGGCAAUACCAACUGAUGAAAAUUUAAUAGUUACUCAAUUUCUCGCUGAAAUGAAGAAUAAGACGAAACAAGCUGAAGAACUCACUGCCUUCACUAGGGGAAACAUUUUUGAUAUAGAUAAUGAAAUACAAAGGUUGAAUAACCUAACAAAAAUGUCGGAAGAAGCUCUCUCUAGGCCGAGAAUUGUGCAAAAGGAAAUUAAUCCAGAGCAUUUAGACAAGGCUAAGAAAACCUUUCACCUACUUAAGACUGAACUGCAUGGACUUAUACAGUCAUUGUUUCCUCAUGCUAGCGAUCAAAUGAUGGAUGUCAUGGGGCAUCUUAUGCAAGAAAAAUUAAAUGAAGAAUCAUCUGGAUAUAUAACAAUCACACAAGACAAUUAUAGAAUAGUAGAACUGCUAAAGGACAUGAACAUAGUCACUAAAAACCCUUAUAAUAAUAUGGAAGUUAAAAUAGCUUAUUGAUAUCUGUUUCUCUAAAUAAAGUGAUAUAAAACUGUAA